GCCCAACUCCCGCCGCCUCGCACUCCCUCCGCGCGACACGGCCCGGCACAGCGUCACUGGGCGCGCUCCGGGUGCGGACGCCGCACAAAGUUCGCCCUGCGCCGUGCGUCUGCGGUCCCGUAGGGUUCAGAUUGUAGGCGCGCAUCCCCGCACCCGCACAAGAGCGUGCUCGUGGCUGCAGCGGGCAUGAGCUGCCGGCUGUGCUGUGUCGCCUGCGCCCAUGACCGCGUCCUGCAUGGCGAUGGGAGGCGGUCCGCGCAAAGGCGUGCUCGAGCGAGGCUGAGCAGCCGGCGGCCUCUAGCACCAGCGUCGGUCUGUGCAGCAUGCCUGAGUCAGCGAUGGGCAGCGCCUCGGUGCCUGCAUGGAGGAGGAGGGGCUCAGAUUGCCCUGUGUGCCGCUCGCUGGCCCGCGCUCCGGCAGCGCUGCGAUGCCGACGGGAAGCGCUCUGCGAGCUUCAUCCACCCGCGCCGCUGCCCAUGUGGUCUCCUCUCCGAACGCAUUUUCGCUCCAUUCGCAUGCGCCGCGAAGGCGGCAGCAGCGCACCUGCGGCUGUGGCAUGGCAGCAGCGGUGCCCCCAGGCGCGGCCCAUAGCGCAGAGCGGCGGCGGUAGCGUCGGAGGGACGCCGAGCCCCGAGGCACCGACGACGCUACCUACGCGCUUCGCUCGCGUCCGCUCCCGUGCCCUCUUUCCAGUCUAGUCUGAGUCGCGCUACCGCACCGGCAU